AUGGGUGGUGGUAGCGACGCUUAUCGUGCCGCACGAGAUCGUGGUAACCAGUUCGUGAAGCUUGGUCAGGAGCAGGAUGCGCUGGAAGCAUAUGGGGAAGCUUUAGGGCUGGCGGACACCGAGCAGCUUUGCAUUCCGCUGCUGGCCAACAGGGCGCUGGCGUCACUGCGAUUGGACCGUUUUUCAGACGCCUUGGCCGACUGUGACAGAGUCCUGCGUUCGAAGCCUGAGCAUGCCAAGGCUUUGUUCAGGCGUGGGCUGGCUCUGCUUGGGCUCGGGCGGCACAUCGAAGCCGCCAAAUGCUUGGAGGAGGUGAAAAUCUUGGAGCCUCAAAACGACGAGGUUGCUGCAGCUUUGCGCCGAGCUCAAGCUGCUGUCGCACACAAGCGGGGGAAAUUCGAUUUUCGCCCGAUGCUUGCGGAGGCCUGCCUCCAGGAAACUUUGCGUCUGGAACACAGCCGGCCUUUGAGCGAGUUCUGCAGCGAUGCGAUGGAGCUCGUGGAGUUCGACCAUGGCCUUGGCUGGCGGGCCAAGCGUGACAUCCCUGAAGGGGAGCUCUUAAUCGUGGGGAAGCCACUUAUCUUCGCCGCAUAUACAGAGCUUCGCCAAGGACACCAUCAGGUCCUCGUCGAGAAGGUUCUGGCAGCCGGCGCUCCGUGCGAUGCCUUGUGCAAGCUCUGCGGGCCGCGCGAUGCACCGCCGCCGAACGAAGGCAUCCUAAACGAGGAGACUGCGCGCGAGCUGCUGCGGAGAAACUGUGUUGUCUGCCACACCGGAAUCGGAGUCUGGAAUGAAACCUCGUUCCUCAAUCAUGCCGAUAAGCCGAACGCCACCCGCUACUUUAUCGCUGAUUGGGUCCUUCUUCGUGCAAAGAAGGACAUCUCUGUAGACUCGGAGAUCACAAUCUCUUACAUCGAUGCCUGUGCCGACUAUGCGCUCCAGGCCUCCUGGUUGGAGAGUUUGGGGAUCCCCGACUUGGCCUUGCAAGAGCGUGCCCGACGCUGGCUCGAGAGCGACCCCGAGCUGCUGGUUCUCAAGCAGAGCCUCUCCAGCGGAUGCUUCGAAAGCUCCGGACAAGGAGGGCCUUUGCAGGAGAAGAAGCGCUUGUUGCAGCAGUUCCACGCCGAAGCCGGCUCCCUUUGGUGCUGGGGCCAGGUUGUGCAGUGGCUUCGGGGCGUAAAGAUUGCAGCUCAGAGCUCAGGAGAGAAGGGGCUGGCCCUGGGUGCCGCCUUGGCCUGCGCUGAGCUCCUCUCGCGACACCUGGUCCACGACAUGCAGAUCCUGGAGGCAUGGGCAGACUGUGCGGCCAUGCUGAUGGACUUGCCUGAAAGCAUCUCCUCUUCGCCCGACUUCGCGCAGGUGAUGGGCCUGUGCAUCGACGAAAUGCAGGAUAACAUUGAGUUCUUCUUUGGCCAGACCAGCGUUGAAGACGUUGACUUCUCGACCCUGGUUCUUGAGUGGGCUACGCUGCGCUGGUUUCACUCUGCCCAGGCGGCGGCUGCUACCAGUAUAAAUUUCUUAGACGGUAUGACCUCGUUGAUCAUUGAUAGGACAAGACUGGAAAAACAUGCUCAUGAACUCUGCACAGAUGUUUCCAGCUUUCACAUCAUGGAGCGCGUGAAGAGCCUUUGCGGGGAAGCCGUACCUCCGGAUCCUGUCUCGCAUGCAAGGCCACAGCUCGAGGAGCUCCGCGAGACAGCCAACAGCAGGUCGAUGAUGUCCAUCAAGCCAAGGGAGAUGCCUCUACCCGGCGAGGCGAUGCCAGAAGUCUCCAUACCCAGCUUGGAUGGAAUGGUUGUUGAGGAUCUCGACAUCCCGACAAUUCCUGACCGCUCGACAGAUUCACGGGAAUUCGUUCGCCCCAGAGCGCUUCGACCAGGACGCGGCAUGUCGGAUUCCGACAUGGGUACCAGGCCCUCGCUGAGCGACGUCCGCCAGAAGUCUUUCUCAGAAAGCAACUGCCUCGCAGCUGCCAAGAUGACCAUGCUCAAGGAAAAUCCUUGGUGCAAAGAAUCCGGCAUCAAGUGGCGCUUCGGCCGCAGCCAGACGAACCGGCCUCAUGUUGUCUUCAUCCUGGCUGACGACUAUGGUUGGGCCAACAUGGGCAGGCACCGAAAGCAUCCACAGGGAGCCGCAGAGGCCCAGGGUCGCUCCGAGACGCACACGCCGCACUUAGACCAGCUCAUCCGGGAGGGUGUACUUCUGGAACGGCACUACGCCUACAAGAUCUGCUCUCCCUCCAGGUCUUCCCUUCAAAGUGGGCGAUUGGCGGUGCACGUGAACACGGUAAACACUGGCGUGACGUUCUGGAACCCGGAGGACAACGUGUCAGGCUUUGCCGGUGUUCCAGCGAACAUGACGGGCCUUGCGGAGAAGAUGCAAGAUGCCGGCUACCGGACGCACCUGGUGGGCAAAUGGGACGCAGGGAUGGCCACGCCCUUACACACUCCGCUGGGUAAGGGCUACGAUUCCUGGCUGGGGUACUUCCAGCAUGCCAAUGACUACUGGCAAGAAAGCAUGCCCUUCACAUCCACAGGCAACGUUGACAUUUGCUUGAAUAAGUUCCGAGACUUCUCCCUCUACAACGGAACUUACCGGGCGGGUGUCACAGAAGCUGUGGCUCGCGAGCUGGGAUGCAACGCCAGCGUGAAGCACAAACAGACAACUGGGAUCAAGCCGCAGGUCAAUGCUACCGGUUGCAACAAGGAUGAUCCCGACUACUGUCUUCCCGACGAAUGCUUCGAAGAGGCCAUGUUCAACCAGUAUGCUCUGAGGAUCAUCAGGGAGCACGACCGCCUCAAGCCGCUCUUCCUCUUCUACUCCUUCCAUCUCCUCCACACACCCUUGCAGAUCCCAGAGUCCUACUUGCAUGAGAUUGAUAGAAUCGUGGCCCAAAGCGGCGUCCCGCAAAUCAUCCCGUGGACGCAGAACCGUCGGCUCUACGCCGCCAUGACUUUGUACAUGGAUACCAUGGUGGGCAAUUUGAUUUCUGCCCUCAAAAAGCGCCAGAUGUACGAAGACACCCUCAUCGUGUUCACCUCGGACAAUGGUGGGCCCGUUUACGAGCCUGGCUCAGCCAACAACUGGCCUCUGAAAGGAGGCAAGUACAGCGACUGGGAGGGAGGCGUGCGAACCAACGCCUUCGUGUCGGGCGGCUUCGUGCCCUGGGCCCGGCGUGGCACGAAGUUCGGUGGCGUGAUCUCCAUCGCGGAUUGGUAUGCAACACUAUCCACCAUCGUGGGCGUUCCCGUUCACGACGAGAAGGCCGAGCAAGCCAACAGGUACUUGGUUCAGAAUGAUUUGCCCCUGCUACCCCCCGUGGACGGCCGGCCCCAGUGGGAGAACAUCGUUUGGGACAUCAACGGCCGGAAAGAUGCCUUGCACCUUAGCCAGGAGGCCCUCUUGUGGUGGCCCUUCAAGCUUGUGACGGGCCAACAGGUUUACAGCUUCUACCAAGGCCCCGUGUAUCCCAAUUGCACUACGGUAGAAGGCUUCAAUGCAGAUGAAGGACCCAUCUUCUCCGACAUGCACGUCUUUGGCGUGCCCCUCUACGCAAGCGUGAAUGCCACGCAGCAGGAUGAACUCACGAUGGCGAGUGACUGUGGCUAUGGCGGCUGCCUCUUCAAUGUGGAGCGCGACCCCAACGAAGUGCAGGACCUUGCUGCUGACCCGGUUUAUUCCGAUGUGCUCUUCCAGAUGCAGAAGAAGCUCUACUACCUCAACGAAGGCAACUUCAACCCAAACCGCGGAGAGCCGGCUGUUGAAGCCUGCCUGCAAGCCGCCGAUCUCGGAGGCUUCUACGGUCCUUUCGUGGAGGUGGAUGACUUCUACAAGGGAGUGAACCUUACUGAGGAGCAGACGAUUCUCGAGGCGUCAAACAAGGAGGAGCUCCUUCAGCUGAACGAGACGCUGCAGAAGGAGGGCGAGAAGUAUGUCAUCGAAUUCAGUGAAGAGUAUGGCCUGAUUGACUUGUUCCGCCCGGGCCCCAACAACUCCAUGGACGUCUGCAUGAACGACACAGGGAGCACGGCGGUGUCGACCAGUGCCGCAUCUCCACGCCGGUACAACAAGUACUACAGGCGCUCAGGGAAGUGCGUCUGGGGGAAGAAGUGGCGCUGCUGGGGGCUCUUCUGCUGCAAUCACAACCGGCGCUGCCUGCCGCGCCAGCUUUGCAGGCAACCUUCGAGCAGUUCCCCCCCGGCAGCGCAGCUCUCAGGGACGCGAGCUUCGGAAAUGCGGCUUAUCACGGAUGGCAGAGAUGCCUCCCAAAUGUACAAAUGCGAGGAUAUUUGCCAUCACGUUUGUGAAAUCCAGCAUUCGUCUCCAGCAAGAUGCCCGCACCUAUGCAACACAAGACUCGAUGCUGUCUUGCAAGUCGCACAGGUCUUCUGCAUCCAGGGCCUGUGCUCAAGCGUCAUCUCAAAUCAGACGCACGAGGAGGCCGGCUUGUUGCAGAAGCGAGUGCGGCGCACAGACCAGGUCUUCAGCGAGGAGACCGAGGUCGGUUGCCAGCAGCCAGCAAAAUAUUGCCGGCUCUUCUGCAAGCAGGGCGUCCUUCUCGACAACACCAUCCAGCAAUGUCUGGCGGGCUGCCAGGCGAAAUUCCCCGCAGUCUUGGCGCAGAUGCAGGCCUUUGUAAGGGGAGGCUGCUGCGAAGCUCGUGAUGCUUGA